GCCUACUCUGCAAGCCUUUCUUUUACUCCCGCUCUCUUUGUUUCCUUUCUUACUCUUCUGCUUUCGGUAUCGAACAUUACUUCCACCCGUAAGCAAGCAAUCUCUGUAUAAGGCGAUAGCAUCGGCGACGUUGUCGCUUACGGAGAAAGGAGCACUGCAUCCGGUGAGGGUUUCAGCGUGCUGUUCUCCUCACCUGCCAAGGCCGGCGACUAUGGCGCGGCUGUGCGCGCGCGCGGUCAGGAAGUGAUUCUAGCGAAGUCGUCCGACACUGACUUCCCGCAGGGAAGACGUUUCUCCACGCCGUGUGCAGCCGUCCGCCGUCAGUGAUGCCGGGAACGCGAGAAGACAACGGCAUCCCGCUCCUUCAUUCGGACAACGACCUCAACGGUUACGCGACGAGGUCUACGCCGUCGGUGAUGCCUAUACGUGGACAAAGGCCUAGGUCGAGCGACGCCGGCAACCCCUACGUCGGCUCCAAGCUGGCUCUCUCAAACGAGUCUGAAGAGGAGAAGCCCCGAAACAGCACAGCAGCAGCAUCGGACAAGGAGUCACUCGACGAGUCGCAGCUGCUGCCGCAGGAGUUUGUGGUAUCUUUCCAGAACGGGGGAAGCCCCGUGGUGGACAUUGAGAAUGGCGCAACGCGAUCGAGUGACGUGUUCCGGCAAUCGCGGUGUAAUGCCGUCUACCUCGACUGGAAGAACAUCACAUACACAGUGCCUGUCAAGAAGAAAGAAAAAAAGGCGCUCAUCAGCCGCAUGUAUGGCAGGGCAGAACCAGGCACAUUGACGGCCAUCAUGGGUCCCUCGGGUGCUGGCAAGACUACGCUGAUGAAUGUCCUCUCUGGCCACUAUGACAAGGGCUACCAAGGCGAGGUGCAAGUCAACGGCUGGGUGCGGGACACGGAGCUGUUCAACCAGCAAAGCUGCUAUGUCAUGCAGGAUGACUGCCUGCUGCCUGAACUUACAGUGCGCGAGGCACUCACUGUGGGUGUCCAGCUGCGAAUGCCGUCCCUCAACCGCUCAAAGCGUGAGCAGCUGGUGGACGAAGCAAUGGCGCGAUGGGGUCUGGACAUAUGCCAGCACACACGUACCAGCUGUCUCUCCGGGGGUCAGCGCAAGAGGCUAGCAAUCUCCCAGGAGCUAAUCAGCAACCCUCCAGUCAUCUUCCUUGAUGAGCCUACCAGUGGCCUGGACAGUAUCUCUGCACUUCGCUGUGUGAAGGUGAUGAAAACAUUGGCUGCAGCGGGCCACACGGUGCUCUGCUCCAUACACAACCCAAGUGCCAAGCUUUUCUCACACUUUGAUAGGCUCUACAUGAUAUCAGAAGGCAUGUGCAUCUACAAUGGGCCAGUGGACAAGCUGCUGAACUUCCUGUCCACCCAGAACCUGCACUGCCCCUAUUACCACAACCCAGCAGACUUUAUCACGGAAAUUGCAUCUGGCGAAUAUGGCAACCUAAACAAGCAGUUGGCGAAGUCGUUCACACCAGACUACUCAGAGGAGGUCAACGAAAAGAAGCUGGACCAUCCCGUGCUCACUGAGUAUGGGGGAAAGAUUAUGAACAAGAAGGAAAAAGCAGAGGAGAUGGAGCUGCACCGUGUGCAUGUCAACUACUUCCACCAGUUUGUCGUGCUGGUCAAGCGGUGCUUCUUGUGUGUGAUUAGAAACAAGGUUGCCACGCUGCUGCGCCUGGUGGCAUACAUCUUCAUCGCGGGCAUGAUGACAGUGCUGUUCUACGAUGUAGGCAACAGUGCCACCCGUGUCAUCAGCAAUGCCGCCCUUUUCCUUCUCUGCCUCACCAUGGCACUGUUCCAGUCAGCCAUGCCAACUGUUCUCAUCUUUCCCACAGAGUUAACCGUGCUGCUAAGAGAGCACCGAAACUGUUGGUACAGCCCUUUCAUGUACUACAUAGCUAGGAUAAUUACGGAACUUCCUUUUACGAUCUUUGGCCCGCUUUCCAUGAUGUCAUUUCUGUACUGGACGACAGGACAGCCUCAAGAGAUGUGGCGUGCUGCAACUGUAGUCAUGUUUGUCAUACAAGUGGGAUCUGUGUCCCAGGGACUGGCUCUCGUGGUCUCAGCAUUGAGCAGCAUACAGACAGCGGUGUUUUUGGUGCUGCCCGUGGCAUCACCGUCAUUCCUUUUCUCGGGCUUCUUCGUGCAAGCGCGGCACAUUCCAGUGGCAUUCCGCUGGAUCAUGGAGACUUCGCACCUAUACCACGGCAUGCAGGGACUUCUGGAAGCCCUGUACGGCCGUGGACGUGGUGAGCUCGACUGCGAGGAGAACGAGCUUUGCUUCCUCAGCGACCCCGAGGAGGUUCUCAGGCACCUAGACGUCGAGAACAUCGACAUCUCCCACAAGUUCCUCAUUCUCAUCGCCAUGGACCUCUUCUACCGUCUUGCCGCCUUCCUUAUUCUCAAGUGGCGCCUGCGGAGGAAGCGCUAAUAGUAGGGCUGAGCUGACUCAUCGUAUCGUAUAGUACUCGUUAUUCAUCAGCCUACCUGUUAAGCACAUUCUCUUUGGAAGCGCUGAGUGCCGAGAGACUAGGUUGUUUUACCGUCAGCUCGUCAUCUGCCGCACUUCACAGUGGCUACUCUCUCUGCCUCUGCAGUUUUGACAGAAGCUGCAUCGCUGUAACUUAUUUCUUUCUGGGCUUGGCACAUAGCAGGAAAUUUAGAUGCACCUGCGGGAUGCCUGCUACGUGUCACCUGUGUUAAGGAGUGAUCACCUUUGGCAGUACAUUCUCAGUGCUCCUCUUGUAGCAUUACUUCGCAGUGGCUCAUGCUCAAAAGGUCUUUGCCAAAAUUUUAAGGCACAGGCUUAACCGAACAUUCAUUAGGCCAAGCUGUCAUGAACAGAUGAGACAAAUUUAGACUUUGCGCUCCAUUCUGAAGUUGAUUUAAAUACUGCCUCUCAUUUUUUAUUGGCAGUGUGGCAUGAGUGUGACAUGCCCAAAUAUGCAUGAUGACGCAUCGGUGGGCUGUAUCUUCCAGUACAGUGGAGACCAUGAAAGUAGCAUAAAAUCCUAAAUUAUAUAGUGAUCAGAGCGACUUCAGGGCACUUUAAUACUCUGGAAUGGCACAAUGCACUGGCUGCAAUGGAGUCCAACUGAAGCAUGAGCUUCAGACAUUAUGUUAUAUAUCUUCAACUUGCAACAAUCAUGUGAGAAAGCAUUUGCGAAGUAUAGUUCAAAGCUGCAAAAGUAUUCAGAUAAAAUAUCUUUGGUGCAUCCGCAAUGACCAGCAGAUGUUCUAUUUGACUCUGAAAUCCUGUAUUGGUGUGGGUGUUCCAUAACAGUGGGAAAAUUGUGCAAUAAAAUUACUACUGCUCCAUUUGGAAAAUAGUUGUGAACCAGUGUGCUGGUAUACCAUGGGCACUUUGCAGGCUUAUUAAAGGGGCCCUGCAGCACUUUUUCAGCAUGGUUAGAAAACGCUGCCUCUCGGUAGUCGAGGCCUCUGAGAACACGUGAGCCAAAGAUAAUAGCGCAGCACACGGCCUGAAAUUCACAACUAAUUUUCAAAGUCAGCUAAAAAUCGUUCUCUCUUCAUUCUACAAAUGAUGUCAUAUACCCAAAUGACCAUGCCAUAUACCCAAAUUCACGGUCAUUGGCUGAUUUGAGCAUUGUGAGCAGCAGAGUUACCGAGGCUGCCUUGUGCCCGCGCAUGCACUCGCGAAUGCACUGAAAGUAAGCAAUGCGUUCGAAAAAAAAAAGGAGAGAGGGAGAAAAAGUACUCAAGGUCAUGACGCGCACGUGACAUAACUUCUUUCCCCUGUGUCAUCCCUCCUUGCUUAGCUUCCAGUGUGCUCGUCACGACGAGAGAAGAGAGAAAGCACUUACAGCGUGCAACAAAUCUCGGUAACUCUGCUCGCACUUGGCGGAUACUAAAAUUUUUUGCGGCAGUCGAUUCGUAAGGCAAUAAACUCCUUUAAUGAAGCUAUUCGAUGGUUACUUGAAAAAGUGUUGCAGGGCCCCUUUAAAGUUAUCAGAACUGAGCUUCCUUAACUUUUUCUUUCCCGUUUCACCUCCCUUUUAGCAAUACUUUUGCAUUACUCUAGUACUAUGCUAAUGUUUCGAUUUCUAUUCAGUCUGCGUGAAUACAUUACCUUCACACUUUAUUUCAUUUGUCUCGUCAGCAUUGUUUCACUGCAGAUGCUGAUGAUUCAAGAAGUGAAUAAGCCUUGUAGAACAAAUUUCUGCGCAUACAAAAUGUCAAUUCCCAGAACCUCUGAUUCAGCUUCUUGGCACUAAGUCUGCAUCCUCAAAAGUGAUCAUUCCGAUAUGAUAACAGCCCCUAUCUCUAACAUGUUUUUUACGUCUAGGGCAGCAUAUCUCCCAAUGCGCAAACCUUGCAGCCAUUUUACCACACUUGAUGUUUCUUGAGUGCAGUGCGCAGAUUCAUCCUCGUUUAAGCUCUGCCACAACAGAAAGUGUUACUGGGGCUGCAAGAGGUGUAGUGCUUUGUAUGUGAAGUGCCUUGUUAUGUGGUUCUUCUGUCGUUCAUUGUAUUGAAUGGACUCCGCUGUUCUCUUACAUGUGCUGCAGUUUGAUUGUCAUACAAGGCACCUGUGCAGAAAACACUGGGUCACAGUGAGCUGUGUCCCAAACUGUACCUGCUACGUACCUGUGUUCCUCUGCCACUAUUCUGGCUGGCUGUUUCCCCAGUUUUAAUGUGUGCUCGUUAUAUUAAGACGUGCAAGCUCCGCUGCCUCUUCAUCUUAAGCUCAGUUGCUCUGCAGUUCUAGCAAAUGGUGUGCUUGAUUCCCUAAUUAUCUCUUUUGAAGCGUUCAGGAUGUGUUCCAAUAUUUUGAGGUGUUCUGAAAACAUUAGUGUAUCGAUAUGGAAAUCCACAUAACCUGUGUGUGAAUUAGAGAAAUCUUAUGAAAUUAUGGAAAUUGGUGUAGAUACUUUUCAACAGAACUGCAGGGAAAAAGAAAAACCAUAGCCACACUCUCUUGCCUUUGUCUUUUGAACCGUUCUUAACUAAGCAGGUUAGUUACAAGGCAACAUUGCACCAUUUUUGUAAUAAUUCCAACUUCCAUCCAUUUAAAACUACAGUGAAACCAGUUUUCUGGUUGUUGAGCUGUUCUGUCGCUUAGUUAAACAAGAUGGAGUGUUUGAUCAUAGCAUCUCUUGAACUGUCCUUUCAAAUGCUCCCAGCUUGCUAGAGGGCAAAUAGAAAGAAAAGCCCAUUCUACUUUUUCUGACUGAGGAUAUUGUUGGCACUUCAGUGUCAUGCAGCUCUCUCUAACACAGUAACCAUACAUCAUUAAUAUAUGAACAGUUAAGGUUGCUUAUAGUUAAUCUGAUAGAAUGACAUCCACUUCAGGAGUUGUCAUACCACUUUGAAAGUAGAGAAGAAAUAUGCUUUAGGUCCAGGUUUGUCGGUGCAGUCUCUUGACUGAAGGAUUUUUUUAACAUAACGGCUGAAAUCCUUUCCUCAGCUUUAAACACUGCACUAUAAACACUUUUAAAGGAUUGCUGACAGGUGAGCUUUACAUAUUGAUUUUCCACCAUACUGAGCAUUUUUUGUCCAAUUCACAGACGUAAAACCCUUUAAGCUAAUGCAACAGGUGUCUCAUUCAAUUCCCUUGGCAUCAAAAAUUCAGGCGAUGGAUUUUUCAUGGACUGAACACAUGCACCUCACAAGCUUCAAGAAAACAAGACCCUUGAAACUUGAUCACUUAGAGAAGAUACACGUUUUUGUUCGUGUUACAGAAACUGGCUGUACCGACGAUGUGUUAAAUGCAGCAGUGAUUGUAAUUUCUGGCCAUUUACACAAAGUAUACUUGCAGAGUCACGGUGUUCGAUUGUGGAGUACAGUACACAUAUUUUCAUGGCGUUUUCAAGGGGAUGUUAAAACUGUUAGAUGUCAUGAAUAAUUGCAUAUCUUAAGGUUUGAUUGCAUUUUCUGUACCAAACACAUGAAGUUCAUUGACCUGUACUCGUGUAAAAGAACUUCCACAUGACUCAAUGUUAAAUUUAUAAAACUUUGGUAAUCCAGUACCACGUGAAGAUCUGCCUCGCUCAAGUUAUUAGGAUGUCUUUUGUGCUCGAUGCAAUGUACCAGUACUGUGGAGAAAUUGAGUGAAGGGGAUUUGCCCGCGUCUACACAAUCUGGCGCAUCAAGGAUGUGAUUUUCAAUAAAACCGAGGAACACCUUACAGCGCAGGAAUAAAAUUUAUUGCUUGCUAUGGACAGUUUUGUUUUAAGUAAGUGGAUUUCUCCUCAACUUCUUUUCCUCACUGGAGAUGAGAAGUCUAUGUAGUGAAUGAAUCACAAAAGUUCAUUUCGUUAAGUUCAUUAUAGGUGAGCUUAUCAAAUUAGGAGUAUAUCAAAUUACCCAAUACAUCACACUUUAUUGACACACAAGGGUAUGUUUGUUGUGGUACUUGCUUAAUAUGAUUGUACUGUUUAUGCACCCUGUCUGGAAAGAAACAAUAUGGUUCUUCACUGACACAGGGCAACGCCAUCUUCUCACUCUGUUUGCUUGAAUUUCUCGCCAGCUUAACUUUGCAAGCUCACAGGAGCAGCAAAAGUUUUGUCUAUCUUCAAUGCAAUCGAGCAUCUUGCCACUGUUAUUUCUCAUUUUACCAAAUAACACCAAAGAACAAAAUUGGCAAUUAAUAAUUUUUACAUUCAAUUCCUGUAUUCAUUUGUUCCUCAAAGGCACUAAUGUUUCCUUUCCCAGUAUAGUUUCAAAGCAGUAAAUAAAUGGGUAGAAAAAACAAUUGCAAUUAAAAAAAGCAUAGUUUCAUUUAUCAUUCUUGAAGCUUCGUUUUAUGGUUUCAUGGUUUUGUUUUAUUGGAAGGCCUUCCUGGGCAACAAUGUUUUAAUGUGGUAUUACCAGCAAAAUAUCAUCUGGAACACUUCCUUUCCUAGCUUAAUUUCAGCCUCUGUUAUUCAGCAUAAAUUAUGGCCAUAUUCAUAAACUUGUAGUUCUUGGCUGCAUCUGCAUCUGCUGCAAUUAUCAUACAUCAAUCGAGUGUGCUGAAUUCACUGUAUCUUCUAUGACUGCUUCUCCACCGCUUGUUUGGAGGUUCUGUAUGCACCAUCACCAAGGCUCUGUUUGCUCUCACGAGUGGAAGUUGUUCUUUUGAUACACACUGACAAACUUGACAACUUUUCAGGCUUAACUUCAGGAGAGCUAGCGAUCGCUGUGAGAAUUGGAGCUUUGUGUAGAAUGCAUUAAUCUGUUGAUCCUGGCAACUACAAAUUCUAACCUUCUCAGCUACAUAUUUAACUUUAUCAUCAAUAACGACUUGUGUGAGAAAUUACUUCUUGUAUAGGUCCUUAAGUCGUACCAUUUCUAAAUUUGCCCGCAUUUUGUAAUGGUGGCUUAAUGCAGGCUUCAAGAACCUACAUCUGUGACUACAUACUGUAUACUUAAAAAGCCGGCCAUGUACACAUGGAUUACACAUCGCACUUUAAGUAAUGUGCAGCAUGCAUUCUAAUCGGUUAUUUUCCUGUUAAUCUUUAAAUUCGCACUCGAGGUGCAAUUUAGCAGGCCAAUCCCAUUUGUCUGCAUUAUUUUUAAGCUGUUCCUUUGAGAACUUUCACUACCGCAAAUAAAUCAACCCCGUAGCUAUAUUACUGGCCAUUUAUUACACUCUGGUGACACUGCAGCAAGUGCCCUGCCAUUAUUUGUAGGAAUCAUUCCCUGUACAGAUGAGCACAGGUGAAUUUUUUUUUCACUUGCAAACAUGAAAACAUUGCAGUAGCUUUAACUGUAAGCCCAUGUCACGUCGCACAGCACUUAUUAUGCUCAAAGCAAUGAAGACUAUUUUUACAUGACAAGUGCUAGGGCAGCAGUAAAUUUAGAGCCACAAUUUUAUACCCCAGGAGCGUAGUGCCACAGAUUGAAUGGCUUCCAUGUUUUGGUCGGCUUUCCAGCCAUUUUACUGCCGCAAGCGUGUGUGCACGUAUUCCCUUCCUCAAUAAUUAGUAGGUUUGGCUCUCAGUGUAGGGGCUGGAGCAUGUGUGCUUGCUUUCACAGUGUCAGCUGGUUGAGAACACAUGACAGCAUAUAUAAGGGCUGUUGCUGUCUAAGUUGCAUGAUGUUGCCAUGUUAGCAUGGUUUAUUAAAUGUUAGCUUACUUUCAACACAAAACAUGAGACACUUGCUGAAGCCUGUGUUUAUCUAAGCGCUUAGAAAAUGCAUUAUGAUAGGCUGUGAUUUACAAGAUGUUCAGGCACAAGUUUCUUAAUGUCAUCUGUUGGGUCAUGACGUAUAUUUCUACUCAAUGCAGAUGCUUUUUCUUUUUAUGCUUUUUUUUUGUUAAGGGUGAUUGUCUGACUGAAUGAGCUAUGAUUAUCUAGCUGUCAGUAAUGCCUGGUAGAGUAGGAGCGGUCAUCAUGUUGCCAUGGGAAUGAGCAUGCUGUUCAAUAUUGCCACUGUCCUGUCCACGUGAAAGAAGUCCUGUUUGGAAUGUGUCACACAGAUGGCUAUACAUGAGGAGUGAAUCUACACUUGCCAGUCUAUAGCAAAGAUACAAUCUAAAUGCGCAUUUUUUGUUGGUGUAUGAGCCACAUCCUAUUACAAUGAUAUUACUGCAAGUGCGGACUUUGUUAGUGAAUGCAGAAUCUUGUUAAAAGUACUGUUGAAAGAACUAAAAUCAUACGAGGACCACACCCUCUUAAAUCUAUUUGCAAGGUGUUGCAGUGAGUCUACAAUUUUUUUUUUUUUUUUGAUACAGAAACCAUAAAAUGGUCACCAGCCGAUUCUUUAUGAUGGUGCAGAAAUUGGUGGUCCACAUUUUCUGCUACUGUCAAUUAAGGCACCACGAGACUUGGCCGUUAGCCUUUGGUCAUCUGAAAAACAAUCAUAAUGGACACAUGUACAUACUAGUACGGCUUGUAGAUGAGAAGCAAUAAUGUGUGACAGUUUGUAUCCCGGUGCUGUGUCUUUAAGUGCUUCUUUUAUGGCCAUAGCUGUGUGAAAAUGUGCAAUAUCCAGAGUGGCAGCGCAAUAUGACGCAUCUUGUUUACUGUAUUUGCUGCAUUGACAGCUGAUGUUUGAGUGACCACACCCGAGGACAGCAGCACUGCUUUAGUGCUUGGCAAGCUUUGUAACUUUGUAUGUUAUCCUGUAAUGUUUGUUUGUAUAGUUCCAUCUUGUUGGGCAGUAGUAUUUGUACUGGCCCUUCCAUCAAGAGCAUGUGAUACAGACCGUACAUAAUUCGGUGUUGUCAAGCUUUUUGUUAAAGACUGUUAGAGUGUGAGCACUGUUUUGCUACAGCCCAACAUUGCAUAGGUUCCUACUUAGCCAUUAAACUAGGCUUGUGCGAAUAUCGCUUUCUUGGUUCGAAGUUGCAGUUAAUGGUAAUUAGUAUAAAAUAAUUUCGAAGUGAAUUUGAGUAGUAGCAGGAUUCGUAUAGUACUAGGGUGCAAGAGACAGUUUUAAAAUUUGCUGUACUUGGCCCGUGUAAGCCUGUAUAACACGCUUUUAAACUUUAAGAACAAUUAAUUGAGGUGCAAGAAAUAUGCACACUUAACCUUGAAGCAUGGCUUUGUGGCAGUGCGAAUUUUCACAGAUUUGGUGGUUUCAUGACAUAGCGGCCCUAUGUUGCAGGGAAACCACCUUUUUGGGCGGGUUACAUGCCGUAAAAUAUGUCUAUUUGUUCAUUUCAAAUGCUUUGAAAUAUCGGAAAUUUUCAAAUACUGCAAUAUUCGUUUGAAUAUUUGAAACACCUGCAUAUUCGCACAGGCCUACAUUAAAACCAUCUGCCGCGAAACAAGGUGUUUGCCAUGUGCUCUGCAUAUACGUAAUGUCAUCAAUUUCGUUACACAUCUGUGACUGUUGCAGUUGCACUUUUUUUUUGUUGUAUUGUGUUGCCGCUGUGCUCGCUUAUUUCUGUGAGCGUAUUGCUACAUGACAAAAUUCAUUUGUUUCUUCCCCCUACCAAUACCAAAACUAUGUCUUUCCUGUGGUCUAAACUCUGUGCCUCUACCCAUAUGUCCGUGUUAUGUUCCUAGCUCUGAAAUUGAGAAGUUGCAAAAUGUGGGACAUGUGUUGACGCGGCGUUUAAGUGAGUGUGUGUGUACAAACACCAUGGAAAAAUUGAAAAGGUUUGUAGUGGAGCGCAUGCAGAUGCGAUAGGGUUAACAAUUGUUACUUGCAACUUUAUACUCCAUACUUGCGACUAUUUAAGUAGUCGCAAGUAUGAAUUGCGAUUCCAUGUGCGUAUCAAACAGCCUAUUGAUUCAGAUGCUUGAACUCAAGCGCUCCUCAUAAAUGGCAAAAGAGGACAUGAAAGGUUCCAUUUUGUUCACUGCUUAGCCCAAUACAGAGGCUUUCUAGAAGACCACACAUGUUGAGAUGAAGUGUUUACUUACCUUUCAUUUAAUUUUCGAAAUGUUGUCACACCAGUUUUUAAUUUGCCUGCAGACAUGCUUUCAAAAAUGAACUACAAUGAAUGCAUGGGCUGAAUCAUCCUUCAAUCCUGCUGAUAUUUUUCUUGUUUACUUGUAUAACUUAAUUUUGUUUUUAUUUAAAGUAUGCGAAGGUAUAUUAAGGUAUCAAUAUUGAAUAUCAAAUUACAGUUUUUGAUAUGGAAGCCAUGGCAGAGAGUGAUAUUUAUGCAUUUCUUCCCGGUGUAAAGCAUCAUUACAAAGUGGUUUCAUUUGUCAGCUACAAAGUCAAAGCUCGCCCUUUCUUUGUCUUUCAUUUCUGCUCGAUUACGUUUGUCUACUGUGGAUGUAGGCAUUCUUGUAGCUGUGAUCAUGGAAGUUGCUGUGCUGGACCAUGGUGACAAUGAAUGUGUUGCGACGUAUGUUAUGAAACCAGCUUGUCUGAGAGUAGGUCUGGUAUUUUCUGUUGUAUUUGUACGUAUAGCAAUUUUACAUCAGUACUUGAAGCGUUGCAUUAAACAUGCAUUGAAACACA